ACUUCUGAAGACGUCCACCUCUUGGACCUGCACUCCUGGACCCCAAAAGGCAAAGACCCUGACCUCUAACCUGAGAUCUUUCAUAUUGGAGUUGCAUUACUGAAGCCCACUGUGUUGAACCCGGACCCCUGCAGAGACUGAAGGCUUCUCUCACACAGCUUUGGGCUUCAGCUCUCAAACUGGGACCACUGGUCCUCAAGGUUCUUAAACUCUCAAUUGACGUCUUUGCCUCUCAAAGUGUUUGACUUGCUGACUUGUACACCCCCCCCCCCCCCCACCACCACCCCACUCAGUUUUUGUAAUUCCUCACAUUGAAGACCCCUCAACUGUUUGUUACUCCUGAUGGCAUUUGAACCCGUACCUCCAGUGCUGUAUGAAAGUGUGGCCAGCUGGGCACUGGGGACUUUCAAAGUGACCAUCUCUGUCCCAGUAUAACCCAAACCCCAAUAGUGAAUAUUAAGGACACUCAAGUAUCCUGCCUACUACGCCUGCCAGGAUCGAGCGAUGUCCGAGACCACCAGCAGGUUGAGAUGAGGACUGCACUUUGGUUUUGUUUCUCAUUUCUAGUUGUCUUGUUGCCUCAUGUAAGUCAAAGUUGAGAACUGAGUUCAGGAGAUCCAUUAGAGUGUAUGGAGAAAGCCCGGACCACCUUGCAGUGAGCUGGGUCUCGACAGGUGGCUAUGUCUCCAUUGACAACCUGCGCACCGUAACAAGUGUCUGUCACCAUGGUGCUAAAGGAGCGGGGCGGUCCGGGGGUCCUGGGGAUCCUGCUGUCGUCAGACCCCACUCGAGUUGCAGGGGCUGUGGAGGAGUUGGUCUGGGAGCUGCAUCACCAUAAAGAUGCCCUGAUGGACACUUUGGAAAGGGACCCCCGGAGCAAGGAGUGCCUGCAAACCCUGUGCCGCCUCUUGACCAGUACUAACGUCAGGCUUUGCAGCAAUGCCGUCUACAUCUUGGGCUCCAUCGCUGAGAGUGCCACCAUGGUGGAGCAGCUGGUGUCGGUGGGCAGCACUGGGAACUGGGAGAGUUGGGAUGUUUUGGGAAUGCUGAACAACCUGCUGCGGUGGGACAACCCUGAGCUGGUGAUGAAUGCAGCUGGCACGAUUGGCACUCUGGCGGAGAGCAGCGUGGGUCGUCAGUGGAUCCUGAGUGACCGCACCUUUGAGGACAUCGUGGACAAUGUAACCGGGCUGCUGAAUGCUGCCAAUGAAUGGACGGUAAACAACGCUGCCCUCGUCCUGGCCCGCUUGGCACUAUGUGACCAGGGGUGUCGCCAACUGCUAGACCACCCAAACUCUGGCACAGUACUGACCAAGUUGAUAGCCUUGCUACAAGUGGAUAAAGUUGGAAGUGGGAUGAACGCCGCCUUCGCCCUGGGAAGACUGUGUGACAGUGAUGCCGGCCGCACGUGUGUCCUUGGCAUGCCCGAGGCUCCAGCAAUGGUCACUGCCCUUGAAGCCAUGGUGUGCCAUGCGGACAGUGCCAGCAGUAAGAAUGCCUGCUUUGCUCUGAGUUGCCUGGCAACCAACAAAGAAGGCCACGCCUACACUCUACAGAGCCCCGCCUUCCCCAAGCUGCUGAGCUCACUGCUGCACCUCCUGCAGGCGGAAGACCAGGAUGCCACGUGGUUUGCUGCAAUGGUGGUGAGGGUGCUGGCCGAGCAGCCCAGUGGCGUGCUGAGACUGCGGCAGUGUGGUGACUUGGAGCCGCUCCUUCAGAUCCUGGCCCACUCACCAUCUUCCCAGAAGGAGCUACUGGAUGAAGUGGAGCUCACCCUGAGGAGACUGAGGUGCCUGACAAAGCCGGCAGCCCCCCGGGCACAGCGGCUGAGCCCGACGUCCGUCCUGCUGACAUGGGACAAGGCCAGUCCAGAGAGCCAGCUGGAAGUCACAUACAGCCUCCUGGACGGAGACCACCCACUGUACUCUGGACCCGACUGCUCCUUCACGCUGCUGGAUGUCCAGCCUGGUCAGCACUUCAGCUUUCAGCUGAGACUGUCCACCGAUGGGGGGGACGUCAGCCCUUUCAGCGAUGCCUCUCACUUUACUCUGGCAACUGAGGAAGAGGACGAGGAAGAGGAGGAGGAGGAAGAUGAAGACAUGCAGCUGCCAAGCUGCCCCCAAGACCUGCGGGUGACUGGGUGCACCACCACCCAGGUAAAGCUGAGUUGGGCGCCGCCCAGCCGACCCAGCGGGACCCUCCGAGGUUAUCAGGUCUUCAGGGGUGAGAAGCUGCUGGAGGGCACUUCGGAGCUCAGCUGCAUCAUGGGAGGUCUCGCGCCCAACACCCCCUACGAGUUCUGGGUCUGUGCCAUCAGCACGAGGGGCCGUGGGGCCAAAGCCGGCAUCAGAGCUCGAACAGCGGACACUGGUAACCACGCGCCCAGCCGACUCACAGUCACCGUGCUUGGGCGCCACGAAAUCCUGGUCAGCUGGGAUGUGCCCGAGGCGCUCCUGGGCAAACUUUUCAAUUACGAGCUCUCCAUGAACGGCAGGGUGGUCUACCUGGGCACUGAGCGCUCAUACAAGGCCCACCGGCUCACGGCCAACACGGAGUACACCUUCACGGUGAGCUCCAUCACCAGCGAGGGGCGCUACGAGGCCCGGUCUGUCACCAAGAGGACCGCGCGGGACGAGUACGAGAGCACCACGAGGUGCCUGUACGCCUCCACGCGGCCGAGCCUACAGCCCCCUGGUCACUCGGCACUGGCCAAGGAAGCGCCGGCUGUGGGGGACACCAGUGAACCCAUCACUCGAACUCGCCACUCCGGCAAAGCGCCCAGGGCUCAGCUUCAACUCAGCAAAGGCGACGUCCGAGGGGCAGACAACGACAACGGGGGCAAAGCGAGAGUCAGGAGGCUAUCGGCUCAAAUGCAGCGGCCGGAGGGCAGCGAGUGGGCAGCACAGGGUCCUGAGGUGGUGACCAGGCCUGGCCAGGCAGCCCAGCGCUGGCGAAGCCCAGGGCAAGAUGCAGGUGGUGGCAGUGCGGGCAAGAAGGAGGUCCACAUGCUGCUGCUAAAUACUGUGUGUGCCUACCCGGGCAAAGGCGGGAGCCAAGAUGACCACCUUGGUGCUAGAUGGCCACCCAAUGAAGGGAGGAGGCUGCCACCUCGGAGAGCGAGCCCAGCCAGGGGAAAAGCCCCAAUCCUCCUGGAGCAGCGCGCCAAGUCCGAAAGUGAGCUUGUACAGCGGGCACCGCAGAGGAAGAAGAAGAAGAAGAAGGAGGGCAUCAUGUGGAGGAGGGAUUUGUCCUUUGGUGACCAUCCUCAGGGGACACCAUCCCUGGUGGGCCUGCAGCUCCUGAACUCUGCCAUGGAGACUCCUGCCACCCUCAAGGCCGCCAGCACUGAGCCGAGACUGCAGCGAGAGGAGUCCCUGAGCACAGAUGCCCCCUGGCGGCUGAAGAACCUGGCUAAAGAUGGCGGUCAGUGCCCCCCUUCAGGCUCAGAGUACAGGAGCCCCUCACUCCCCAGAAUUGUGCCCAGGUUUCCGGUCACUCAGGGUCACAAGCCAGGAUCUCAGGCCGUCCUGCAGGACAAAGUGAAUGCCACCCGGCGCAUCCACUCGCUGUCCCAGCUGCAGUCCAAACUGGCUCACAUGCACCUGGACUGGGCGCAGCACUAGAGCGACACAGCGAGCCCCUCAACGCAGCGCCGGUGAGCCUCACCCA